GCGCGACUGUCCUUCACUUUAGAAUACUUCCUUUAAACCUUCCGCCGACAAGCUGCAUCCAAUCUCGGUUUGCAUGAGUACUGCGCUAGGCCCAAACCGAGCUUUCACUAAGCAAUGGCGCGCGGCCGCCCAUCUCGAGCUGCUGCAGCUCGUCGCAGCACGCCCGCGCGUAGCGCAACACCGCAACAAGCAAGCGAUGUAGAGAUGGACGACGUAGUGGAAUCACGCGCAGAUUCGCCAAAAGAAGAGGAAGAGGAGGAAGAGGAGGCAGGCUCAGUCGUGCCAGAGAACGAAGAGGAAGUUCCCUCCGAGCGCUCGCCGUCGCCAGCCAUUGUACAACCGUUUCCGCGCAAGAAGCGACUUGGACGGCCGCCUAAGAACAGACCACCGGACUGGAAUCAAGACCCCGACAAUGUUUCAGAAGGCGGUACACCCAUCAAGCGCAAACGAGGGCGGCCAGCUGGUGGAGGUCGAGGGCGCCCGCCCAAGGGUGGACCGUCGCAUACAACACGUGUGCCAAUCGAUAAGGAGGGCAACAUGAUGGAUGUCAUCAACGACGAGGUCGAUCUGCCUGAAGACGAGGAGGGCGAACAGAAAGUCGAUAAGCUGGGCAACCUCCAGGGCGGCCGGGACUACCGCGUGCGCAUCUUCACAAUCAAGGGCAGGGGCGAGCGACAGUACAUGCUGUCAACUGAGCCCGCGCGUUGUUGUGGAUUCAGGGACAGUUACCUGUUCUUCACUAAGCACAUGCAGCUUUACAAGAUCAUCAUAGACGAUGCCGAGAAGCGCGAUAUGAUCGACCGUGAAAUCAUUCCACACUCCUACAAAGGUCGCGCGAUCGGCGUAGUCACUGCACGCUCAGUUUUCCGCGAGUUUGGCGCUCGCAUUAUUAUCGGUGGCAAGCGCAUCACCGAUGACUACUACGUGACCGCAGCGCGAGAACGUGGAGACGUCGAAGGCGAGCUGGCGGACCCUAAUGACCGCCUUCCGCCACCAGGUGAGCCAUACAACAAGAACCAAUAUGUCGCAUGGCACGGCGCAAGUAGCGUCUACCACACUGGCGUUCCAAGUGUUCCCACAGCCAUCGGCGGCAAACCUGUUCCCGGGAAGAAGAAGGUUAAUAUCACGUCUGCGAACUGGCAAUUUGAGCAUGGUCGAGCAGCCAGCCGCUUCAAUACCUCACUUUCCGCCAUUCGCCGUGCGAACUUGGCCAACGGCACCUAUGAUCCUCACACAAACAUGAUGUGCUAUCCCAAAACCACACAGCCUACACAUGCCCGCUGGGAACGCGUGUCCGCCUCAGAGACUGACGUGCCACCAAUCGUCGCGCACAAAUAUCUCAUUGUGGACAAGAUAUUUCAACAACCACCCUUUGCUGGGUUGGGUCUCCCCGGACCAGAUGCAGACUAUAUCGACGUCGGAACUAACGGUCUGCCCAAUCUUGCGGAUGAGGUUCUAGCAGAAAUGAAGCCUGAUGAGCGCGAAGUCUUUGAGAAUCUGAAGGCAGAGGAGAAGGAAUGGAGAAGUCAGUGGGAUGGCGAGACAACUGAUGGAGCAAGGUGUAAGCCACGCAUAGGUUUUGUCGGCGUCCCGGUCUAGAAGAUCAGUGCUGGCGAACAGACCUAACAGCAUGCUAUGACCCGCCAGACGUGAAUUGAUACCAUAUGUUAGCACAAGGUUGGAACGAUUUCAACGAGAUGGACGGAAGGAAGUAUGUGAUAUACAGUACCAUGAGCCUGCGUGGUUCAGGUACAGCAUUAUGCUUGAUAAGCUCGCGUGCUUCUCCCACUUACAACAUCGGCAACUGCCUAGCUUAAUUAUGAGGGCAACGAGAACUACAAUGUUAGCAGAGUGCAACCUCCUUAUAAAUAGUCUACUAAACAUCAUCUCCAACGUUUCUGAAUCCUUCC